AUGGAAAUUGACUCAAAACCGUUGGAUGGCAUCCAGGAACAAGUCUUUGGUCUUUUAGAGACUUAUGUUGAUGCAGGAAAGGACACCAGUACUGACAACGAGUCUAUUAUAAAACGAUGUCAGGAUCUCCUUGUUGAAUACGGAAACUAUGUUCAAUAUCUCCGUUUGAAGUACGGGUUAGUGGAUGUUGAGCAUGGCAUCUAUUUGAGUCGAUUGGACUAUUUAAGAGAGAGGGUUAGACAAGUACAACUUCAUGUGAAACAACAAGAACAAGAGGUUCUCCACAGAGCCAGGAUACACAAGUUUGAAACGGAAAAAGAGGAGGCCGUUAAACGGAGAAAGUUGGCUAGUGAAACGUCGAAGUCCACCAGAGAAGCUCUCUUUGGACUGCGGAAGGAUAAAAAUGGUGAAGGUAGUAAGGAGACCCUAGAACACCAGAUAUUGGCUCAUAAUAAAAAGAUUACCACAAGUCUUCAAAGCACUCGACAGCUUAUGAGUACCAGUAUUGUUCAAACAGAACUUAAUUUAGAGUCCUUGGAUCAACAAACAAAGGACUUAUCCAAUUUAAAUGACCAGUUGUUCACAGUGUCUGAUAUCUUGAACAAGUCUGGUAAGAUAGUCAAGUUCAUUGAGAAGCAAGACAGGAAAGAUAAAAGAAGAAUAUACUAUUCUAUAUUUUUUUUUGCUUCGUGCUGUGCUUGGGUGAUCUGGAAGCGUAUUCUCAAAACUCCUGUAAAAAUCUUCCUCUGGUCCACGUUCAAAAUGUUUCGGUUGGUAAAUUGGGCUGUCAGUUCCAAAAAUAUUAAUAAUAAAGAGGUGGCCGUUGAUGUUGACUCUCUUUCUGUAGUGGCAACAGUGACAUCUGUCAUUGCAAGCUCUAUAACUUUGGCUUCGUUGGUUUCAAGUUCUAUUUCUGAACUACUGCUGCAAGUUGUUUCAUCAAUUGAGAUGGUUGAAUCCUCAGAGGACUUUUCAUUUCAGAGUAGAGUGUCUGAUGUUUCAGCCGCCAUUGACGUGGACGCAGUGGUAGCUCUGAGUGAGGACCCUAUUAUUCACAGCUUUACUGAACGUCAGUCGGAAGAGAUUCGUGUUGAAGAGAAUCUUGUUCAAGAGUCUGAGAAGUUUGCUGACGAAGUUUGGGAGCCAGCAGCAGAGGAUCAUGCUGGUGAAUCUGUUGUAUUAGAACCAAUUGGCGAAUCAUUUAACGUGGUCAAGGAGCCUGGCCACGAGCUGGACCAUGAAGAACAGAAUGCCGGUGAAAGAUCCAUUGCUGACGAAGUGGAAGUACAAUCAUCUGAAGAGCAAGCAAACGAUAAACUGGUUGCUGAGAAUUCCUCUGAACAAAAAGAGGAAACUGAUGAAGCGCUGCCAACUGAUAGUGAAGCCAAUUAUAAGCAUUCUCCUAUUGAACAAGAUCUUGAAGAACAUUCUGUUCCUGAAGUUGGAGUACACGAGCAGGAUAUUGAAGAACAACCAAUAGAAGUAGUAAGAAUUGAACAUAAAGAAAAUGCUAAGGAAGCAAAUGAUGAAGAGAUAUCAACGCAAAAAAGUCGUGAUAUCGAAGAGCAAGGGUUUAUUUCUGAACCUGCUUUUGAGGGGAAUAUCAUACAUGAGCCUCCUCAAGUUGAAAUUCCGGUACAAGAAAAGGCUAUGGAAGAGCAACAACCUAUAGAAGAGUUGGUUAAAGAGGAUCAACAAGUCAUUGAAGAAAUACAACAAAUUAUUGUUGAAGAACCACAGAUUAUUGAAGAGGUACCAAAUGUUAUCGAAGAAGUACCAGAGAUUAUUGAAGAGGUGCCUAGUCCUGUUGACAAUGCUGAACAACCAUAUGAAUCUGAAGUAUUUGAUGUUGAGAAUGAUGAACCCAGCACUUACUACACUUGGAGUUUGUCAGAAGUGGGUCCGGUUCAUGAUGAGCUUUAA